AUGAAUACUAGGACAGUGCGAGACCGUGCCAACGUCGUAUGCGUUGAGUGCCACUCUAGGAAGGUUAGGUGCGACCUGCAAGAAAGCCCUCUUCACGGAUGCGCAAACUGUCGCCGUGCCGGUGUUCAGUGCAUUCGUCGAGAUGGCGUUCGAAAGAGCCGCAAGAUGACGGCUCGGCAAAGACAGCUCAUGCUGCUGAGAUCGCCGACUGUGCCGGCCAUGCCAUCGCCCCCCAAUCUUGGCACUGAUAGAACGAGAGUUGAGCCGCGGAUGUUGACUCCAGCUCGGUCUUCAGAGUUGAACACGCGGAACUACCAGCCGGAGGGAUUCAUCUCCCACGCCUCUGUCUUGUCGUACGACUCCGCCAUAGAGCCGAUGGCAGUUUACGAUGGCCUUCCGCCACGAAUUAUGCAAGCCCGAGAUGUCUUGGUCAAGGCCACUCAAGCGGACACCUUGCCAGCGCCAUCAUUGCGCAAGGCUUUGACGGACGCCUUCUUUGAAUUUGCCUUUCCUUACUUUCCCGUCGUUGAUGCGGAUGACCUCUCGAGAGGAGAGUCGUCGAUCCUUCUACAGCAAGCUGUGUGCCUCGUCGGCAGUCUUAUGCGCCAUGACCCCAGCAGUAUGGCUUUGAGUUACUCACUCUACGAGAAGAUUGAAACUUUGAUACACGUCGAGUUCGAAAAAGACAACGUGUUCCUCCUCAAGACACUAUGUCUCUUGUCAUGUUGGGCCCCAGCCUCACCAUAUCUUGUCACGCUUCAUGGGCCGUGGCAUUGGACUGGUAUGGCUGUGCGUGAGACACUUAUGGUCGCCUGCUGGGGCCGGCCUCGUUCGCUGAAGCUUGCAGACUGCGAUGUUCAGCCACUUGCAGCUUCGGACUUCAUAACACAAGGGGUAUUCACAACGGUCUCUUUACAAUUCACCGGACUCAUGAACGUGAUUGGUAAGUUGUCGGAGUUGAACACCAGAAACGGCGUACCAGUUGAAUCCGAGGUCGAAACUGUCAUUGCCUCGCUUUGCGAAUGGAAGAGCGGCCUGCCGGACGUGUUGCGUCUCUACUAUACAGACGGUACUCGGAGGACUUAUCACCGUUAUACUUCAGAGUUGCAUAUCCAUUAUUCGACGGCAAUCAUAAUGGUGCAGAUGCUUAGCAAGAGCCGUCAUGCUCCGUGGCGGACGUCCCACGCCUCAGUUCUAGCGGCGACCUAUGUUGCCGAGUUGUACGAGGAGAUCCACUACAGAGAGGAUGCUUCUCACUUGCUGAGCAUUAAUGGCUUCAUGGCUCUAGUGGCCGCAAUUGUGUUGGUAUUCCACCGGCCAAACACGUUAGAGAAGGAAACGAUUCGCAAGAAUGGCAUUGAAAGCAUCUGUUCAGUGCUGCGCGUUAUGAGCAAGAAGUAUGGCGGCGCACGAUCAGUGCUCCAGAGAAUUCAGGGACUGCAAAUCCAAGCUGAGCGGAGAGACGCAUCUCUCAACAAUCUCCAGAACGAUACUUCAUCGUCAUCUGCGACAUGGGUGGCAAGGAGCGUUAACGCGCAUAUCCAUGAGUUACUCCCAUUUCCGCUCAGUCUCGAUGAAAACGUGAAUAUCUUGGACCCAGCAGAAGCUAUCACAGAUCGCUUGCCGGAUGAUCGAGUGGUCACUGCAACUACCGCACCUGUUGAGGAUGUGUCGAAUGAUAUUUUUUCGUUAAUGGAUAUUCUAGAGAUGGAUUUCGAUCCAUUCGAUAACACUACUAGCUUCGUGUGA